GUCCCUCUUGACGCACCGUAACUGCGGACAAGUAUGGCGGUCUGAGAGUUGUGACAAUUGUUUUGAUGGUGUAAAUAAUACAAUUUUCCAUCUCCAAAACACCCUUUCAUCGGAAUUCGUAUUUUUUCUGAACCAAUAACCACAUCGCGUCUCAGACCAUCAUGCCGUCCGCCUGUGACUCUCUGAUUGACGACAUUGAGGACAUGGUGUCCUCUAGCGACCCUACUCCUCUUGAGAGACAGUCUGCUAGAAAGAGCAUCAUGCCAAGGUCCAGGAAGAAAAAAGAGCUUCUGAGCCACGAGGAGCUCCAAACUGACAGUUUGAUCCCUGGCACCCAAACAAUCUGGAUGAAAACGUGGGGCUGCAGUCAUAACAACUCGGAUGGAGAGUACAUGGCCGGGCAGCUAGCUGCCAGCGGAUACAAGAUGACUGAUAACCCAUCAGACGCAGACCUCUGGGUGCUCAACAGCUGCACUGUGAAGAACCCUGCAGAAGACCACUUCAGAAACUCAAUCAAAAAAGCCCAGGAACAGCAGAAAAAGGUGGUAUUAGCAGGUUGUGUUCCCCAGGCUCAGCCACGGAUGGACUACCUCAAAGGACUCAGCAUCAUUGGGGUGCAACAGAUUGAUCGAGUGGUGGAAGUAGUGGACGAGGCUGUUAAAGGCCACUCGGUUCGUCUUUUGGGUCAGAAGAAAGAUGGAGGCCGGAGGCUCGGGGGAGCUAGACUGGACCUGCCCAAGAUCAGGAAGAAUCCUCUCAUUGAAAUCAUCUCCAUUAACACUGGGUGUCUGAAUGCAUGUACCUACUGUAAGACGAAGCAUGCCAGAGGAGACCUCGCCAGCUAUCCCAUCGAGGAGCUCGUGGAGCGAGCCAGGCAGUCUUUCCAGGAGGGAGUGUGUGAGAUCUGGUUGACCAGUGAAGACACAGGAGCUUACGGUAGAGACAUAGGGACAGACCUGCCCACUCUGCUGUGGAGGUUGGUGGAGGAGAUUCCUGAUGGAGCCAUGCUGAGGCUGGGUAUGACCAACCCACCAUAUAUCCUGGAACACCUGGAGGAGAUGGCUAAGAUAUUGAAUCAUCCACACGUCUAUGCCUUCCUUCAUGUUCCCGUCCAAUCGGCCUCGGACAGCGUCCUGAUGGACAUGAAGAGAGAGUAUUGCGUCGACGACUUCAAAAAAGUGGUGGACUUCCUCAAAGAGAGGGUCCCAGGUGUAACCAUUGCAACAGAUUUAAUCUGCGGUUUUCCUGGUGAGACGGAGAAAGACUUCCAAGAGACGGUAGACUUGGUGAAACUCUAUCGAUUCCCCAGUCUCUUCAUCAACCAGUUCUACCCCAGACCCGGUACACCUGCUGCUAAGAUGGAGCAAGUACCAGCACAUAUGAAGAAGCAGAGGACUAAAGAGCUGUCCCAACUAUUCCACUCAUACAACCCCUAUGACCACAAGGUCGGGGAGAGGCAACAUGUGUUGGUGACGGAGGAGUCAUUUGAUGCUCAGUACUUUGUGUCUCACAACAAGUUCUACGAACAGGUGCUGGUGCCUAAGAAGGCUGAAUUCAAAGGGAAGAUGAUUGAGGUGGACAUCUACGAGGCAGGAAAACACUUCCUGAAAGGCCGACCAGUAGAAGAGAGUAAGCCCUUCACUCCCUCCAUUGCCAAACCACUUCAGAAGGGAGAGGUGUCUGGCCUGUUAAAGGAACAGAUUGCCCAUGGCAUCCAACAACCUGCUUCAUCGAUGCCUUCUUCAUCUGCUUUGUUGAUCGGCUCUUACAGUCUGGACCGGGAAGCACUGAAGUCGCUGGGAAUCGGGCUCACUCUGGCAGCAGCCAUCUUGGCCUUCAUCAUAGAGAAACUGUACUGACGCAAACUAGAAGAAGAUAGUGCAGAAGGGAGAGGCUGGUGACACCACAGGAGCCUCCCCCGUAUGUUUGAAGCUGGGGGAAUACAGUGGUAUCCCUUACAACAUACUGCACGUGCUCUUAUUCAAUGUUGAAUGAACCCAAAGAGAAAAAACAAAAGCGAGAUUCACGAUAACGCGUCAGUAACACACCUACACAGUUGGUCCGUGAUGUCAGUGUUGGUCUGUCAUUGGAGAACAACACCGGUGAGCUGUCUUUACAGACCUAGCGGACACUUUUUAUACAAGUCUAUGGGUUUUAAAUAACACCCUAGUUACACUCAAUUUGAAUUGGAAUUUAUUUCAAGUACAUAUUCUUUCUCAUAUUUCUGUUCCAUUAUGUCGAAGUGUAGGCUCUUUCAGGAAAACUCUAUAUGUGUUGUCUAUUGUUCACUGAUGGCUGCAGCCUGACAUUGUCCAUAAACUGGUAAAUAAAAAGUUUUGUUUUGGAUCAUGAUUUUUGUAACUUUCACAGAAAAAAAAGUGAAGCACAAUUCAACUAAUUGAUACUCGUGAAAAACAUGUUCUGGUCUUCUGUACCAGGACAAAGUCUGAGGAUGGUGAAACUGACCUUACAGCAUGCAGAGUUGCAGUGUGAUUCUCAGUAAAUUAUUUAUUUAAAGGUACUGAGAAUGUAGAUUUCCAAAUAUUGUAUGUUAUAGAGUUGCCCAUCCUUGUUUUGAGAGAUUGAAUUGUGCUUACUUUAUGGUAUAUCUCAUUGUAUUCUAUGUCAGGAGUUUAUAAUACUUUGGGUAAAACAAAUUUUGUAUCCUUCAUCUCAAAGUAUUGCAGUAAGAGUCACGGACAGUAUAUUUAGACAUAAAAGUCAAAUUAAUUAUUUUAUGUCUUAUCUGAUUACCGUUAGUUACAAUGUAACAGUUGGCCAGGUAGACAGUUAUUGAUCCGUAAUUCUGUCCUCCAGAACACCCAAUGUGAUUUCUUUUAUUUGCAUACUUUCUCCCAAUGGAGGGAAAUGGGCUGGGGUCAAUUUGAUCUAAAACUCUUUGCAUUGCUAGACAUAACUAGAGGUAACGGUGGACCUUUUUUCUCUCUCUUGUAAUUCAGGUGAACUGACGCUGUAAUGCAAGUACUUUGUUUAUGUGAGCUACUUGUGGCGUAAACAUCGUCGAAGUCAUUGUUGAGACGGAAGUUUUUUUUUUGUUUAAACUGUUAAAUAAAGGAAAAACCCCAAUUU